AGUCGCGUCGCCGCUCUGCGCAUGCGCCCUUCCUUGCGCCGCCGCCCUCGCGCAUGAUGGCCGCCGCCGGCCGUUGCUGAGGCUCUUCCGUCACUUCUUCCUCCCCACAUGGAGGGCGGCGAUGGGCUCUCUGAGCAGCCGGCUGCUGAGGCGGCGGGGCGGCCCCUCGCUCGGCGACGGGGCGGCGGGGGAGGGCGGCGGUGGCGGGGGUAGGGGAUGUCGAGGAGGAAAGAGAAAGCGCGGGGGGGGCGAGGGGCCCGGUGACAGCGACAGUGACAGCGACAGCGAGCGGGACGAGCGGUUCCACAACGCCCCGCGCAGGAAAAAGCUGAAAAGCACCUCCACGUAUAUUUACCAGACUCUGUUUCUGAACGGCGAGAACAGCGACAUCAAAAUCUGCGCUCUGGGAGAGGAGUGGAACUUGCACAGAGUGUAUCUGCGUCAGUCUGGCUACUUCUGCAGCAUGUUCAGCGGCUCCUGGAAGGAAUCCGGCAUGGACACCAUCGAGCUGGAGAUCCCCGACCAGAACAUUGACAUAGAGGCCCUGCAGGUGGCCUUCGGCUCGCUGUACCGCGACGACGUGCUGAUAAAGCCCGGCCGAGUGGUUGCGCUCCUGGCGGCCGCCUGCAUGCUGCAGCUCGACGGGUUAAUCCUGCAGUGCGGGGAAACAAUGAAGGAAACCAUCAGUGCCAAAACCGUGUGCAGCUAUUACAAUUCCGCAGGGAUGUACGGGCUGGACUCGGUGAAGAAGAGGUGCCUCGAGUGGCUCCUGAACAACCUGAUGACUCACCAGAGCGUUGAACUCCUCAGAGAACUCAGCAUAAACCUCAUGAAGCAGCUGAUUAGCUCUUCUAACCUCUUUGUAAUGCAAGUGGAGAUGGAUCUGUACACUGCUCUCAAGAAGUGGAUGUUCCUGCAGCUAGUGCCUUCCUGGAACGGGCCUCUGAAGCAGCUCCUAGCGCAAGCCGAUGCCUGGUUCGCCGAGCGUAGGAGAGAGCUGGAGGGCAACGUUGCAUUCCUGGACAUGGAGCAGGGCGCUGCGUUCCGGCCCGUGUUCGCACACCUGCGCCUGCAGUACAUCAUCAGCGACCUGGCGUCGGCGAGGAUCAUCGAGAGGGACGCGCUCAUCCCCUCGGAGUGGCUGUUCUCCGUGUACAAGCAGCAGUGGUUUGCCAUGCUCCGGGCGGAACAGGACAAUGACACCGGGCCCCAAGAAAUCAACAAGGAGGAGCUGGAGGGGAGCAGCAUGAGGUGCGGCCGGAAGCUCGCGCAGGACGGAGACUACUGCUGGCGCUGGACCGGCUUCAACUUCGGCUUCGACCUGCUCAUCACUUACACCAAUCGUUACAUCAUCUUCAAGCGGAACACGCUGAACCAGCCCUGCAGCGGCUCCGUCAGCCUGCAGCCCCGGCGCAGCAUCGCCUUCAGGUUACGCCUCGCCUCCUUUGACAGCAGCGGGAAGAUCAUCUGCAGCAGAACCACGGGCUACCAGAUCCUGACCCUGGAGAAGGACCAGGAGCUGGUGGUGAUGAACCUGGACAGCCGGCUGCUCGUCUUCCCGCUCUACGUGUGCUGCAACUUCUUGUACACGUCGCCGGAGCAGAGGCCGGGGAGCACGGCCGCGCUGGACGGCACCGGGCACUGACCCCGUGCCGCAACCCGGAGCCCAUGGCGCCUUGCUGCCGGGCCGGCCCGCACCCAGCAGCACGGCACCGUGCCGGGAGCAGCUGGCAGCUCCGCACGGGGAACCCACCCUGCUUCAGCUCAGGAACACUGUGACCUCGGAGUGCCUUGGGGUGGCAGCGCGGGCUCAUUGGGUCCGUUGGGUUUUUUUACCUCGGGCUGU